CACCUGCAGGAGCAGCGCGAGCUCAGCGCGAACUCACUUUUAAAAUGGCGUGUGGGGGCUUUGUGUGUUCCAGGUACACUCUCUGCGCCCUGAACAUUCUUUAUAUGUUGGUGAGUUUGCUGUUGAUCACAGGGGCAGCCUGGGGAAAAUGGGUCGAUCUGGUCACCAGCUUUAAUGUGGUCGCGGCCGUCAUCGCAGUGGGUGUCUUUCUGUUCUUCGUAGCAGUGUUGGGUCUAUGUGGAGCCAUGAAGCAUCACCAAGUCCUCUUGUUCUUUUACAUGUUCAUCCUUUUCAUCGUGUUCAUUGUGCAGUUCUCAGUCUCAUGUGCAAGCCUGGUUAUCAAUAAGAAACAACAGGAAUUACUCUUGGAGAUCGGCUGGAAUGAGUCUGACGCGCUUAGGACGGACUUGGAGAGAUCGCUGGACUGUUGCGAUUUCUCUGUCGUCAGCUACAGUGGAACAUGCAAAGCUAAAUGUGUUGGAGGUCAGACUUGCGAGCCUUGUUCAGUAAAAAUUCAGGAGUAUGCCGAUGAUGUACUGCACUUUGUGGGAGGAACGAGUUUGUUCUUCAGUUUCACAGAGAUUCUGGGUGUUUGGCUAACAUACAGAUAUCGGAAUCUAAAAGACACUCGUUUAAAUCCUCAUGCGUUCCUGUAAAAAGGUUCUUAUUUUCACUUUAUACAUAUAGUUAAGACGCUGCUCAGUAUUUAUAAUCGCAGAGCAAAUUGCUAUUGUACAGUGCUCGACUCCUACGCUGACAUUUUACAUGAAAAUUUGCAACAAAAACUUGUUCACUUUUUAGUGUGGUUAAACUGAAUACCGGGCAUUCUAUUUAAUCGAUCAGUUAUUGUUUUAGCAUUAGACGUUCAUUAUUGUGUUGGAAAUGUAACUCAUCAUUAACGUGCUCGUGUUUUACUAAAAAUAUUUAAAAUAGUUGUCGGGUAUUUCAGUGAACUUGAUUUAGAUCGAGCUACAAAGUGUUCCAACAGUGAUUUUACAAAAUUGGAAAAGUUUGUAGUCCUACAAAUUAGAUGAAGAGUGUUGUAAAAAUCUAAUGAAAUACAAGACCUUUUCAUGGUGGUGGUAAACUGGACCGACUUGCUAAACCAGUGAAACUCCAAACUAAUCUAUAAUGAAUAUACAGGUAAAAGGUUGACUGAUCUUUGUGAAGUCUAAAGCACACAACACUUUACUGCUUUGUAAACUAAAACCAAAUGGGGGGAGAAAAAAAAAAGUUUUUGUGCAGAAGUUUUUCUUUUAUGAUAAUUGAAAGUGGAAACUUCUUAUCCUCAAGCUUCCCCAGCUUUUACUUUGGCCAGCCAAGUUAGCACGUAGGUAUUUAACCUCAGCCCAGAAACGUACCAUCAGAGGCCACGUGGCUGCACUCUGAACAGGACAUGAGCAGGAACUGUUAAGUCAUUUAUUUGGAUAUGACUGAAUCAUGGCACAGAGAUCUUACCCAACCAGAUAAACACAAGUGAUUGUUAACAUGUCUACAGUGCUUUGUAUGAAGUGAUGUUUAUUACCAUAAUGAAGGGAGAAAAUGUUUUUGUAGGUAGAACUAUAGGAACGCCUAAUAGGCUGUGAAGGAAAAAAAAUGCUCAUACAAUUAAUUGUGAUACAUGUAUGAAUGGUUGCUUAGAGAAACCGCAACAGGUCUGGCAAGCCGGCGCUCAAGAUAGACGCAAACAGCCUUGUAAGAGACCGGCAACUGACAGGCAAAUUUGCCUACAGGGUGUGAGAGAGAGAUAUACUUGUAUGCCGUCAUUACUGCUGUUUUAAAAUACAUUAGCUUACUGUAAUGCAUCAUAACAGGUUGCACACAUUUCUUAACUGUGAUUUUAAAAUGUGUACAAUAGUCUGUUUUGUGAGACGUCCACGUUUAUGGUAUUAUACUGAAUGUAGUGGCCUCUCCGAACAUAGAAGCCGUAAAAAGUCUAACAGAUUUCUUUAAUCAUGUUGUGUAUAUCCAUCAUUUCUGAAUUACACUCAUUUUGAACAA